AUGAGCUUGAUAGUUCAGGAGGAUUCAGAUGACGAUUCGUUUGUGUUCGUCGAUAAAAUAAAGAAGGAGGGAAAGAAGAAGGAUGACUACAAAAUGAAACCACUCAAUACUCUGAUCAGCGGACUUAGAAAGAACACGAACAAAGAGCCAGACUAUGAGAACAAUGCCAGAUUCCUUUCAUUUGUGACUCUCGUCGCACUCAUCAUAGCGUUCACUUUCAAAAUCGGAGAUCUAACUGUCCAGUACAGAGAGUUGGAAAAUGUGAAUCGAGCAGCAAUGGAGAAGAUUUCCAAUCUUCAAAAAGAAAUCGACAAAAACAAACAGCUCGAUGAGCAAUGGAAUGCUCGAGAAGAGGUUUAUGGAGAGCCGAGUGGAGGGCUUGGAAGAUCAGAAAACGUGAUUUGCACGAAACAGGAACAAGAGAAGGUCAUGGAAAAGGGAAACAAGAAGGAAGCUACAAUGACUGCGGAGGAGGUGAAAUUGAUUUCCGAGGUUUUACAUACGGUUGCUGCUGCCAUUUACGUCGCUCUCGUCUUCAUGGCUCUUCGUCAUUUGAGAGAACGGCGACGCAGAGCGGCACAAGAAGUCACCCCGAUUCCUGGAACAGUGUCAUGUGGCAACAAGAAAUAA